CAUUUUCAAACACAUCAUUCCCUACCCUAAGCUUUGAUCACAAUGGCUGUUGAUUCGGUUUUCGAUUCUUUUUGUUACAACGAUGUUGAAGACGAAGAAGAAGAAUACAUAGACAUGGAAGUAAGCUCGUACAAAAAUAUAUUCUGUCACUCGGAUUCAAUAAACGAAUUCGAGUUCCAAAUGUUUUCAAGCUCAUCAGACAGAGAAUUAACAACAACUUCUCCGGCUGAUGAGCUUUUCUACAAAGGGAAACUACUUCCCCUUCAUCUCCCACCGCGCUUACAAAUGGUUGAAACGAUACUCCAAGACAAAAACCAGGACACUUUUGAAGAUUUCUUCAGCACCCCAUUAGCCACGAGCGCCUACGCCACCCCUAUCUCAAAUACCCCUUUCGGGUCUUGCAAUGUGUCACCUUCGGGUUCAUGUCAGGUUAGUAGAGAACUCUAUCCAGAAGAUUACUUUCUUGAUACUUCAACUGAAAACCCUAAAAAAUCUUGGACCAAAAAGCUUAACCUCACUAAACAAUCUUCUCUGGGAUCAAAACUAAAAGCAUCUAAAGAUUAUCUCAAGUCUUUCUUUGGUAAAUCGGGUGGUUCGGAUGUAUCUCGAAGCAAGUUUCCAAGAACUAAUGGAAAGAAGAAAGAAAAACUUGAUAGUAACAAUGCCGGUGGUCAUCGUCACAGAAGAUCAUUUUCUGGUGCAAUGAUAAAAAGAUUUUCUACUACAAUCACUUCACCAGCUGGGCCUUCAUCGAUAUCAAAUAAUUCGAGUAAUCCCAACGGCUCUAUUGAGUUGCAAGUUCAGCAUAGAAGAAUCAACACGAGUUCUGAGAUCGAAAACCAGAUACAAAGUGCAAUUGCUCAUUGCAAAAUGUCACAGCAACAAUUGCAUUCAAGAAAUAAGACCAUAAGUGACAUGGGUUUUUGUUCUUUAGCAGCUUCAAGAAUUGUAUGUGAUGAUCAAGAAAGGCAAGUACUUUGUAGGGGUUGACAAAAAGAAAAAAAAAGACCUUUGUUAUAAGUUUGAAAAUUUUGUGUCAUAUGUGCAAAGAUUCAAACUUGCAUGGUGUCUUGUACUUUACAACAUGUGGACUACAUAUGAACCAAAUGGUAUGUAACUAAGUUUACAUACAAUGAGAAUAUGAUAAAAUUUGGC